AUGACCAUCACUGAGAGCUGCACACAGAGUGUGAGCCACAGCACCAAUGAAACCCAGUUUCAGGUAGCAGCCACUAAUAAUCACCGUGGCAACAACCGCGUGUCGUUUUUAUCAGCAGUGGAUGUAUACCUCUCAAAUCAACCGGAUAGAGUAAACAUCAGGAUUGGACCCAACAAAAGAGUAACGGUAAAUGGAAGUGAGGUGUCUCUUCCCAGCACUGCAGGAACUUUAGCUCAGGUGGUAAGGCAGGGAAGCUACAUAGUGGUUGAUGCCAUUGACUUGAUAAUCCAGUUUGACGGUUUGAGUACUUUACUGGUCAGAGUGGGCCAAAACCGUGAAAACAGAGUCACAGGGAUGUGUGGAAACUUCAACAAUGACCCUGCAGAUGACAAAGUCUUGCCCAAUGGCACACUGGCACAAAAUGACAACGACUUUGGAGACAGCUGGAAGGCACCCACAAGCAAACCAGGAUGUGGAUCCACCGAUGAAAGGAGUGGUGGACUCAAUGACUGCCCCUUCAUCGAAGAAUACUCUGAGCUCUGUAAUGUCAUCACCAACACUAGCGGCCCAUUCAGUGCCUGUCACCUUCACUCUGACCCCAGUCAUUUUUCAGUUCCUGGUGUCUACGAAUCUCUGCCUCUACCACUCAGCCCCAAUGGCAUGCUGUGCUCCUGCUGUCUCAAGCCUAUUGAGAGAACCUGCUCUGUGCUGGGGUUGAACAUCCCACAGUGGCGCUCAGCUUUGCACUGUGCUGAGUCAGACCCCUGUGAGCAGCAGAACUGCACAGAGUAUGAGUGGUGUGGUGAAAAAGACGGUGUCUACGGCUGCUUCUGUGAUGAACACCACCAUCGGCCCAACAAUGAGAGCUACGACUCGUCCAUCACUUGUGCCAGUAGUUCAGGCACCAUGUCAGUGUCGCGCUGCCAGCUGUUUGAGGCUGGCUUCCACUCUAGCGCCCUGCAUCUCCGUGAAGACUCCUGCAAUGGGACUCUCCAGGACGGACGACUGGUCUUCCACUUUAACAAUGACGACCACUUGUGUGGGACUGCUCUCAGGAGCAACGGGACCCAUUUCAUCUAUGAGAACACCAUCCAGGGUGACGUGGACCCCCAUGAAGGGCUAAUCAGCCGCCAGAAGAGCAUCCGCCUGCAUUUCUCCUGUGAAUACCCUCUGGCCCAGGCCCUGUCCAUGGCUGUGGGCAUCAAUCCUGUAGAAAGUAUUGUGAACAAGAAGCUUCCAUCUGGCCAGGGUCGCUAUCAUUUGAGGAUGAUCCCCUACGAGGACGCCGGCUUCCGCUUCCCCCUGACUGGAAACAGGAAUGUAGAAAUGGAAAUAGACAAGAGGUUGUACAUCGAGGUGCAGACUGAAGGAGUUGAUGAACGGCAGAUAUCCACUAUCCUGGAUUCAUGCUGGGCAACACCUUUCAAUGACGCCAGCUACCCUGUCCGCUGGCAUCUCAUCACUACAGAUUGUCCUAAUCCAGCAGAUGGUACAGUAGAGCUGGUUCAGAACGGUAUCUCCACUGUGGCCCGAUUCUCAUUCAGGAUGUUCACCUUUACCAACUUUUCAUCCAUCUACCUGCACUGCCAGGUCCACCUGUGCCUUCUGAAACACAACAACUGCUCCGCUCAUUGCUACCCGGGAUACCACACAAGAGUCACAAGGGAUAUUUCCCUUCAUGACACUGCAGCCAUCUCACUAGGACCAUUAAUCCUGAAAUCAGACAGAAGGAUGAAAACGAGCAGUGCUUCAGGCCACUUCACCUCCGUGGUGACCCUGCUAGUUAGUUUUCUGGUUUCCAAAACUCUGACCUAGAGAAAUCAAAGCACAAAAACAAUAAACAGAUGAAUAUAUACAUAUGACACAACCACAAUAUCAAUCAGUCAGCAGUAGCUUAAUCACUGUGCGUAGAUUUAAAAAUGGUCAGUUAUUUUUCUCUGUUUUGAUCCAAUAAAACUUUUAAAUGCAUCCUAUAAAUUACACUUAUUUUUGUUGGAAGUUGUGGUAGUUUUUCUUUGCAACAUUAGAGGGCAGCAUAUGAUCAAAAACACAUUUGGCACUGUUUUCAUUUCACGUCUGCUGUUCACCUUUUUGUAUUUAGUAUAAUGUUUAUUGGUUGUAUCUUCCAGGCUUUUGCAAUAUUUUUUAUUAUCAUUAAAUCAAUAUCUCAUUAGUAAUCAUUCAUGAUAAAUGCAUGAACUAUAAAUCUUACUGAUGUAUUUUCAACUACAAAUGUAGUCUGGGCUGUAGAUGAGGACUCCGAUGCCAACUGAAAUUUUUGUACUUUUUUUCAAUAAAAAUGGUA